AUGAUCACCAAGGAAGAAGCUGAGGUGCAUCCUGAAUUUGUAAAGUGGUUUUCCUCUCCUAGUGUACAGAAUCACAUUGCUAUUGUAGCUGCUCUUCUCUCAGAGCUGGAAGAUGCCAUUGGGCCUCUUCUAACUGGAGGUGCACAUCUCUGCAACUCAGCAUCUUGCAGCAGUGCUUUGAGUUUUGUAGAGCUGCACACUGAGAAGCAGUAG